AUGCCCUAUGUACCACAAAUGAAACCACGGUUGGGAUACAAUUCACCAUCUUCAGGUGGCGGUGGUGAUGCAAGUACACUAUCUGAUUGGGAUCCAAUGAAAGAAGAUUACAUGUCUCCAUCAUUCAAUAGUUAUAACAAAGGACCAGGUGCCAAUUUAACUGGUUCUGGUACCCCUUCAGAAGUAUUGAAUUCUUCCGAAGACUACAGAGGAAGAAGUCGAAAUGAACACCAGGUAUAUGUCACUGGAAUACCAAAGGAGCUGGACAAGCGUGGAUUGGCCAAUUUAUUUAAUAGGGCAGGCAAUGUGAUAGACGUGAAGAUAAUGAAUUCUAAAUUUCAGGAUCGAGGUGAUACAUUUGGAUUUGUUACUUAUGAUAGUAUGAAAGGAACUGUUAAUGCCAUUUCACAGUUGGAUGGAUUCAAAAUUCAAGAUUGUAUCCUACAUGUUGCUGCCACUCGUGAUAAUGAUCGCAAAAAUAGAAAUGAAGGGCAGGUGAACCCCCAGCAGCAUAGAUCCUUUGCUUCAGCAGGACGUGGAAGUCUGUUAAACAACUCAGUUGGUUCUCCCAAUGGUAAGCUGAUUUCCACACAAGAAGAUACUGGGACUCGUGUUGAAAACCAUGUAGAACUGAAUAAACAAAGUUUCAGUCGACUGCCUAGAACAGAUGGUAGAGAAUCUGGUACUCAUAGAGCAUCAUUUGGUCAUGCCGAUCAGUUUUCAAAUGCUAGUGGAAACAAACCAAAAGAUGAAGGCAUUGUUUCUCCUCGUGUUGCCAUGGGUAACAAGAGUGAUGGUAGUACAAGUUUACAAACAACCCCAAGACCAUGUAUGAAAUGUGGCAAAGCAAGUCUUCAAUGGUGUAGUAGAUGUAUGGGACCUUAUUGUUCAGUUGACUGCCAAAGGACACAUUGGUCACAACAUAAACUUUCAUGUAAUAAAAUGCAACAGAGAUCAUCCGUUAAUAACAUGAAGACAGAAACAGAAAAACUAGUAACUGAGAAUCAAAUGUCUGCUUCAAAAUGUAACAGUAGUGUUGAUAUUCCUUACGAGUCAGUUCCUAACAAGCCUUCUUUUGAGGUUUUGGUUACAGAAUUUGACAAUCCUAGCUCAUUCUGGUGCCAACUUGUCAUAGAGAAGAAUGUAAUUGACUUGACUGUUAUGAUGGAUAGAAUGAAUACAUUGUAUCAUGGCAGUGAGAACCAAACAGAUUUGGUGUAUACACCUGUGAUCAAUGGGUUAUGUGCUGCUCAAUUCAGUGGUGACCAGGGAUGGUAUAGAGCUAGAGUACUUGAUAUCAAUCCUGAUAAUACUGUACAUGUUCAGUUUGUUGAUUUUGGGAACAAAGAAUUAGUGCAGAAAUCAAGUUUGAGAAAACUUAACGAUGAAUUCUGCCAGUUCCCUAUACAGGGUCUAAAAUGUAGUUUAGGUGGUAUAGAACCUAUGGAUACUCAGAAAGGUUGGUCAGAUGAUGCAAAGGAGCUGGUCAAAUCCAAAUUACUCAAUCAGAAAUGUUCAACUCAAUACGAAAGAAGAAUGGGAGACACACAUGAACUAUGGGUGUGUGAUCCCUCCCCAGAUAACCAUGAUCCAGGUUCUGUCAUUAAUGAUUUAAUGAAACACUUGAAGUUUGCUAAGGCCAAAUCAAGUAAGGUUGCAGAGCCAACCCAAUCUUCAAUGCUAAAGAUGGAGAGUUCAAGACGUGUUAUUUUGGCGUCACAUCUACCAAAACUGCAAGUCAAGAAGUCAGGAUAUUUUCCAGUCAUGUGCACUUACAUAGAACAUCCACAGUCAUUUUAUAUGAAGUUGUAUGAUUUGGAUCAGUUGAAACGUCAAGCUGCUAUUCAGGAAGAUAUCAAUGAUAUGUGUAAAAACACAGCAUACAUCGCCUUUGAGCCACAGGUUGAUGAGUUAGUAUGUGCUUUCUGUAAAACAGAAAGCUGGUGGUAUCGUGGUAUAGUGAAAGCUGUUAAAGGAGAUGAAGCACUGGUCCAAUACUGUGAUUUUGGUAAUCAUGAAACAAUACCCAAAACGUUGUUAAGACUCUGUAAACAGGACCACUCAGCUCUUCCAAUCCAAGCAGUGCAUUGCACAUUAGCUGGUGUUGUACCAAUCAAUGAAGAGAGCCGUUGGACAAAUUCAGCAAUUGAACUAUUCCGUUUGAAGGCUGAAAAUAAAAACUUAGUUGCUAGAUAUGUGGAUAUGGUAGGUGAUAAAUAUCAAGUUGAAUUAUUUGAUGAAGCUACUAAUAAAAGAAUGCAUCAUGAAAUUAUCAAGGCUAAACUUGGAAAAUCUAAUGAAAUAAAGUCUAAUGGGAUUGAUUGUGAUUUAUCUCCUACAAAUGGUGAGGUUACAUUACUGGUCGAAAGUGAUAACGUAGAGAUAGAUGAGAGCAUGGUCUGUUCUGUAUCGUCUGUCAACUUGCCAAGCGAAUUCUGGUUACAGAAUGCUUAUAAAGCCAGAGAGCUGCUGGAUCUACAAGAAGAUUUGAAUCUUUUUUAUAACAAAAUGCCUCCACGAUUAUUCAGACCCAAAGUUGGUGAUAUGUGUGCUGCAAAAUUCACACUGGAUAACAACUGGUAUCGAACCAUGGUUACAGAGAUUGGGUCAUCUGCUGAAUUUCCUACAGUUUUCUACAUUGACUUUGGCAACAGUGAGACAUUGAAUGUUGUCAAUCUCCGCCAACUAGAAGAGCAGUUCACUCCAUUGCCGAUGCAAGCAAUGAGAUGCAGACUCAGCAACAUCAAACCAACCACGAAAGAGUGGAUUCCUGAUGCUAUCAAUUAUUUCAAAGGAAAAGUGGAGGGAAGCCAUGUAGAGGUGAAAUUUACAGGCAGAGAGGACAAUGUACUUAGUGUUCAGAUGUUCACACCUGAUGACAAAUCAGUCUCAAUCAACGAGGAUCUGGUGAAAAAAGAACUUGCCUUACCACUUGGAAGUGACGAAGGUGCUACAUCCCAACUUCCAACAGCCGAGUCGCAAUCUAAAUUGUCCCCAGGUCAAAUCAAACCUAAUUGUUCAAUGCCUGGAGGCCCUGUCCAGAUUAUCUCUGAUCUUUCUCUGAUAUCACUACCCGACAUGGAUGGUGGGUUUCCAGCAUGUGUCACUGAUAUUACAAAUCCUGAAGAUUUCUACAUCCAGUUAGCAACACUUGAAGCAGUUUCACACCUUGCUGGUUUGAUGUCUUCUAUAGCAUCCAUAUAUCCACAGGAGUCUGCUCCUCGUUUUGUCCCAAUGAAAGAUCACGUAUGCUGUGCCAAGUUCAGUGAAGACCAAGCCUGGUAUCGUGCUGUUGUCAAGGAUACCACUGAGAACAACCAGAUCAGAGUGCAGUUUAUUGAUUUUGGUAACUAUGGAAUGGUAUCAGUAGAUGAUAUCCAGAGUUUAGAUCCUCAGAUUUCUUCAACACCAGUACUUGCAGUGCAUUGUAGUCUUGAUGGUGUAACUGGUAGAUCAGAAAAUAACAAUUGGAGUACAGAUGCCAUACAGCUAUUUGCUAGCAAGGUUCUGAAUGAACAAUGUACCCUGAAGAUUGUCAAAGAAGGGAAUCCAUGGAAUGUGGAGUUGUACUGUAAAGAUGAUACAAAAUCUAUUAAUCAACAACUCAUUGAAGAAUACCUUGCUAAUAAGAAAAUGCCUCCAGUACCAGGUCAGUUGGCAAUCCCUGUGCAACGGAUGUUUUAUCUGCAAGGCAAGAUCAUUGCGUUGCAUAAAUCAUUGACACCAUCCAUGGGAUCCCUUGAAAUCUGGAAAUUGUGGUUUGAUGACAGAUAG